CGGCGGCGGCAACAACAGCACUAUGCGCGGGCUUGGGGCGGCGGCCAGCGCGCUGCCGCUUCUAUUCUGGUCGGGAAAAGCGAAAAACUGGAUGAGGCUCAAGCGCUGGCCCGCAGCUGCGCUGGAAGACCCGACUUUCAGCCUUGUGAUGGGCUGUCGCUGUGCGCCACACACAGUCACGGCCGCUGCUUCCGCCUGCACUGGUGUUGCCAUCUAGGCUGGUGCCAUUGUAAAUAUGUUUAUCAGCCUAUGACUCCAGUAGAACAGCUUCCAAGUACUGAAAUACCUGUUCGGCCUCGAGGAACCAUAAACACUAUUCAGAUAGCUGUCUCUCUCACAGAACACUUUUUGAAGUUUGCACCUGUCUUCCAAGCACCAUUACCACCAGACUCCCCACGGUUUUGCACAAUUUCAGACCUCUUUAUUGACAAUUACCGUGUGAAAUGCAUCAAUGGGAAGAUGUGUUAUGUGCAAAGGCAACCUCCUGCUCUCUCCUAUAAAACAAAGCCUCGGGAGGUCCCCACGCGCAAUGCCUUAAUUUUGAGAGAGAAUAAUACACCAAAAAUAGAUCAUUGCUCAUCCCCUUCCAGCUCUGAGGAUUCUGGGAUCAAUGCUGUUGGGGCUCAUUAUGUAGAGUCAUGUGAUGAAGACACAGAAGAAGGAGCAGAGCUAAGUUCAGAAGAGGAUUACAGUCCAGACAGUAGCUGGGAGCCAGAUGAGUGUCCCCUUCUAUCACCCUCACAGUGUGAACUAGAAGUAAUUGAAACCAUAGAAACCACAGUGUGAAAUUCUGAGCUGGGAGCUAGCUAGGCAUAUGAAAAUAAUACUGGUUUUCUAGCAUUUAUACUGGCAUUUUUGACCGGUCCUUUUUUGCAGUGUACUUGAUACCCCUCAAGGAAUGCAGUGACAAUAUUUAGCCAUCUGUGAAUUAUUUCCUUGAUACUCAUUGUACCAAUGAAUUUCCAGAAGCCCUACUGUACAGCUCAAAAGAUACCAGGUUUGACAUCUUUAGUUACAGACUAGCCCUCAUCUUGAUAAAGAGCAGAUAAAUUGCAAUGGUCAGGCUACCUUGUAAGCCAGUGAUUUUCAGACUUUGGUCCCACCAGUUACUUUAGCACAGAACCUGGACCCCAACAUGAUAGAAACACACACUUUUCCCCAAGGAGGACAUUUGUGUGUUCACAGGCAUUCUGUUAUCAUCAAUCAAUCCAACUUUAUUGCGGUCAUGGACUGCAUAACUGUUUCUAUAUUGGGCAUGGUGAGUCUAGGGAUUAAGAGCAUUGACGGCUUAACCUACGUCCUAUGUAGAUAUCUUUUCAGGUAACCUAUGGUACACAUACCACUGAUGGAGAACCACUCUUUAAAGCUCAUCAUCCUAUUUUGAAAUAAGCAGUUGGUUUGGGAUUUCUCAUUUGGAAUAAGGAUUUAGCCUUUUGUGCACUUGCUAAAUAUCAAUAGGAGGUUAGCCAUACCUUUGAUGAGCAGAGCUAAAUCCAUAAGCAAAUAUUCUUUAUUUAUGUGUAUUAUUUUAUGUAGGAGACAAGAAGCCAUGGCUCUCCUCACUAGCUCUGAUGUUAGAUACAUCUUUCUAAAUGAGCUGCACACACUAACCUUUUUUGCCAGCUACAGAGUAACUCAGGAGAUUCCCAGCAUAAGCACAAUACCCAGCCAACAUAACUGAAACUGUUUCUACAAUAAGAACAUGUCAAAGAGGCUUGAAUUAAAAUCCUUCAAGGGAUACAUUAUUACACUGCCAACUGACCAUAUUCCAUUGAUAUUUAAUCUGACUCUAAAUGUUUAAAUUACUUCCUAUAUUAAAACAGAGGACAAGCUGGAUUUUGUUAUAAAAACAAAGCAUACAUAAAAGAGCUACUCAUCUGAAAUAAGUAUACAGUGAUUGCAAUUUCAGCAUAUAUUCACAUAUUGAAAAUUGGGAUUAUUUUUCAGAUCAGCCAAAUAUUUUUGCCAGCCUGGGUUUGUAUUUACUCAUAGUAAAACAAAUAAAACAAAAAAGAAA